AACACUGUUACACCAUGUGCGAUGCUGGCUUUCCUGAUUACCAUGGCGUUCAAGUUGCCACCAGAGAGUGGAGGGAGGAUGGGGUUUUCUCUGACAGUGCUACUAGCCUACGCAGUCUACCUAACCAUUGUUUCUGCAAAUUUACCGACCACCUCCCUCACCAUCUCAGUAUUGUCUAUCUACUUGCUAUUGACAUUAACGGCAGGAACACUGUCCAUAGGAGCAUCAAUUAUGGUUCUUCGUUGUCACUGUAAAAAAGAAGACGAACCAGUGCCAUCAUGGAUCCAGAAAAAGUACAACGGAUUCUUAGGAAAAUUUGCUGGAGUGACCAAAUCGGCAUCUUAUGCAAAAGUUCACAACAUUGCAUGUGUAGAGGUAGCAGAGUUAGAUACCAAAAAGAAAAUCAAAACAGACGUCGGAAAUAAACAGGAGAUCAUGUCAAAUACCGCUACAUCAGUCAAUACGGAAAAAACUAUUCCUGACUGGCCGAAAGUAACUGUUUUCCUUGAUGAGUUCUUUUUCAGGGCAUUCUUUCUGUUCACAGUCAUAGAACAAGUUCUCUUUCUGGUAGUUUUUCUCUUUGGAUAUAUCAACCAUUAGAUUUUACUUGUUGUUAAUCAAGUAUGUAGUGUGCUCACCUGGAAAUUUCCACAUUGGAAAAUAUUAAAAUCAAAUGUAUAUAAUCAUACUGUUCAUGUUUGCCUUAACCCUUUUAUAGUAUUACCGAAAACUACAGUAUGUCUACAUAUUUAAGCAGAUACAUGUACUAGUACAAAAACUACAGUAUGUCUACAUAUUUAAGCAGAUACAUGUACUAGUAUUUGUGUUACAUGUGUAUUACUCUAAAGUAUCGAGUAUGGAUGUUGUUUGAUUUAUGAUAGUUAGGUAAACAUUAUCAGAAAUAGCAAAGUUAUGUAACGUUUUGUUUAACAGCCCUCAUCAGGUUUUAGUUAGUUUAGCCAGAGAUUUUUUUCAUCCAAAAUACUUAACGCUAUGUGUGCUGUAUCCAUUGGAUAAUACCAUAUUUAUUGUGGGUUUUUUUUUUAUCAAGUAAUUACAUAUAAUUAAGCUAUACACGU